AUGCAUCAAAUAAAUACCCAAGCCCUGGCCUCCUUCCUCCUCCUCCUUGCGCUGCUGCAGCAAAGGGCUCGUCCUCCCUCAGUCGCGAAGGAGAUUAUCCUAGCGUUGCGCCAUGUUAUGCCCUCGCCUCCCCUUUCUUCCUUGCCGCAGCCUCCAAAGACUCGCCGAGGCCCAUCGCCCGGGCUCCUUCUCCCCGCAAAACCCGGGCGGCUGAGGGAAGCCGCGCUGGUAGGUGUGUGCGAGCGCUUGCAGACCCGGUGCCCCGGGCGCAAUGUCUCCAGCCCUGGCCGGGCCCGGCUCCUCAGCUCCGCGGUCCCGGCGCCCGCCGCCGUGGCCGCAGAAGCCAGUACCCGCCCGCCGCCGCCUCUUCUGCCAGCGCCGCGGCGUCUCUCUAGCGCUCCAAGCUGCGUCCCCAUCCCCGCCCCCACCUCAGCUGUGGUUCCUCCGACGAGUCAGGUGACGGCGGCGGACAAACCCGGACGAGCCCUCCCGGAGCGCCCCGCGGCCCCCUCCCAGCUACUCACACACACAGCCCCCCGGGGCCGCGAGCUUAAAGGCGAGGGGGCGCCGCACGCAAGCAUCCCCGGCAAGUCGGAGGGGAGAAGAAGGAGGCGGAGAGGAGGGGAGGCCGACACCCACCCAGUCAGCCGCCCUCCGCCUGCGCCCGGCCGCCCCUACGCCGCUGGCUCCGCACUCCGCACGCACUGGGAGCGCGCACCCGGCACACCUGUCCGUCGACUGCGGGGGGCGCCCUGGGCGGCGGGGGCGUUGGCCAGACCGGGCAAGUGGGCUUCUCGGGUUCUACUCAGUGAAGGCCAAGGCAAGGGCGUCGUCGCGCGCUGCCUGGCGAAGCCCAGCCCCUUCUCCCCCACACUGUCGCUGACACGCCCGCCUGCCAAAGGCGACCGAGGCUCAGACGAACAGGGCGAUUUUUAAAUGUCAGAUCCUACCUGCCAGCCGCGACCGUUACCUGUGCGUCCUUAGUUCCUCGGGCUCCUCCGCUUGUCUCAGUUACCUGGGAUUCCGGGUGGGCAGAUAUGGACCCUGAGAAGAGGAUUCAAAUAUAACCAAUUUGUUUGGGAGAAGGAGGAUAUGACCAGAAGAGAGUGAGGAAAUGACACAAGGAAGAAGGGUAGCAAUCAAGAAUGUGUUAUGAAGCCUGCUAUUACCAUGUGUGAGUGGGGCCUAAUCCCACUGAGCAAACCCUGAAAGCCAGUGUAUACCAUGUUCCUCAGAAGGGUGAGGGGGCUGGGACAUUUACACACUAACUCCCGUCAGCCCCUUGCUUCAGGCAUAGCAUGAGGGCUGCUUUGGUGAGGUGCAACAAUUCUGCCAUUUGUCAAGCCUGCUAUACGGAGGGCAAAGUAGGCAACAAUAGCCAGAGAAAGCCCUUGGUGCAGGUGCUGGCAAUGGAACAUCCAGCUGGCAAUGGGACGUCCAGCCUUGCACCAAGGGCUUUCUUGCUAUACUUCUCCUCUGUGCUACCUUCCACUGUAAAAGGGACUAUUUUUUCUAUAAAUCUUUGCAUCCAAACAUCAUCUACUCUUGGAAAUAAGAAAAUAAAAGGUCUAAUUAUCCAACAAUUGGACUUUUUCAUCAUGUUAAUUCAUGCAAGGGCUUCUCAGAAGCAAUGCCCAGGCUUCGUUUCAAGCUGCUCUGGAUGAUUAAACAUACAAUGUCUUACACAGAAUAGUAGAGAAGGAGUUAGCAGAAAAAUGUGUACAAGAAGCAAAAUACACUAAGUGUUUCCCUUAUUUAAGAUAUCAGGCCUGGGUGCCAUGGCUAACACCUAUGAUCCCAGCACUUUGGGAGGCUGAGGCAUGGGGAUCACCUGAGGCCAGGAGUUCCAGACCAGCCAGGCUAAAAUGGUGAAACCUGUCACUACUAAAAAUCCAAAAAUUACCCGGGCGUGGUGAUAUGCACCUGUGGUUCCAGCUACUUGGGAGGCUGAGGAAGGAGAAUCACUUGAACCCGUGAGGCGGAGGCUGCAGUGAGCUGAGAUAGCACCACUGCACUCCAGCAUGGGCAAAAGAGUGAAACUGUCUCAAAAAGAGUAAAAAAGAAAAAAGAUAUCAGGAUGCCCUCUGGAAAGUGUCUUUCUCUUCUAGCCCUUGGGUAAAAUGAUUGUUACUGUCUUGGGUCUCAUGGUCAUUAGAGAAAGCUAUUUGUCCUUACUUUACUCAUGAACCCUAAGUUCUGUGGGCCUUCAAAUCCCUUAUUUAUGAGGCAAGGGGAUUUGCAGUGCUGAGAGAGGGUGAACAGCUUAUCAUUGGUCUUAAACUGAGUUUAUGGUUUAACUUGAGCCAGAGCCGACUCCACCUGGUCAAGGAGAUGGGAAGAUUUGGAAUAAGAAACCUGCUCUAGCUCACCCACUGUCCUCUAAGAUACACACAUUGCCAUUCCCACUUGCCUUCAAAUUUGUCUCAUUCUUUCCUUUCGUUCACAUAAAAGUUCCCAAAUUGGCCAAAUGGCCAAAUGACCAAAUAGAUGUUUUUCUUCUUUAGUGUUCUUGCUUCCUUGUGGCUAUAGGUUAGGAGUUGCAUCAACUUUUUCAGGAAUGAAAGAUAUGUGGUAACAGGAUAAAUCCUCAUGUGAUUAGAAGAUGCAAAGGACAUUUCAACCAUCCCUACCUGCCCUUGUAUCCUAUUUUUAUUCAUUUGUCUCUCAGCCAUACACUCACCUAGUUAGAAAAGUGGAUUUAUUUGUGUAUCUUACAGUUUGCCUAGUUUUUUUCCAUAGGAAACUUUUUCUCAGACUACACCUUGAUAUUUUGUUCUGAAACAUCCUCACUCAUUAUCCAAACACAACUAAUUAAUAUUAGUUAAUUUUGAAAAAUUAAUUAUAAAGAUUCUCCAAGUUGAAAAAAAAUUCAAGAAAUAAAUGUCAUGCUUUUAACAACGACAACAAUGGAAAAGGUGAUGAAAGUCAGGAAAUCACAUGCCUAAGGAAGAAGUGUGAUUUUCACCCUCUUGUUGGAUGCCUGGCAGGAUUUCUCAGAAGAUGAAAAAAAAGAUUAACCAUGUGAUUUAUAUUUGCACUUUGAAAUUUGUUCCUAGCCUGAAAUCAGAUCUCUGUGUUUACUCAGCCAUAAGAUGGAAUCACAUUACUCCUCCAGCUGAUGACUCACAGGAAAUACUGGAUGAUUUUUAAACUGAAAAAUAAGCAUAACAUUCUUUUUCUGAGCAUCCUGAGGGAUAGGAAGACAAGAGAAGGAGGAUAGAAAAUGUCUUCUCACAGUCACCAUUCAGUAAUACUCAUCAACUUCUGAAGAGAACAGAAAUGCUGAUAUUUUUCUCUGGUCUGUACAUGGGGAAGUGUGAAAGGAUGCAGUGGCAUUGUAAGUGCAUUUGUUUGGAGGUUUUCUUCCCAGCUAUAACUCUAGCAUAUAUGUACCUGUGUGAAUGUAGGCAUGCAUUUGAGUGUUGGUAUAUAAAGGGGAAAGGAAUAGUCAUAGAACUUGGAAAAUGAAACAUGAAUAUUUAUAACCAGACUUCUUAUGUAUUUCUCUAUUACAUCUUUGGAGAUAAACAUCAUCAAGACAGAAAGUAUGUAAACAUAUAGAUGAUUACAAUGGAAGAACAAUAUACAGCAAAGGUAUCAGAGCUGCAUAUUGCAGUUUUGCAUAAUCCAAGCAUUACAGUAAAUCAUCCUUUGCUAGAAAAACAUGCACUUCAAUUAAAAAAAUAGAGUACAACAUAUGGGUACUACAGUGUUUUAACUGCAUCAAAGAUACUGGUAAUUAGCAAACAUUGAUUGGACUUAGGAUUGCCAAGAAUAUCUUGCCAAUUUAGGGUUUAUUGAUUUACUUUGCUUGGUUAUUUAGUUGAAGGUGUUUCAAUUAUUUAUUUAAUGCUCUUGUUAAUUUGAUCUGCACCACAUGUCUCUUUGUCUAUGGUCUAGUAGACACUGACUCUUAGGCAUGUAAUUAAGACAGAGAAUGUAUUCUGUUUAUAUGCAGGCAUGCGACCUCUAUAGUGUGCUUAGACAUUCAAGUUAGACAAAAGCAGGAACACCAAAUUUUGAUUUCCUGGUGAACACUCAUAUUCUCCUUUUAUGUCAUAUCAUAAACUGGGCCUUGAUAUUCAAGGAAUAUAUAGGAAACAUUGACACUUAAAUAUGAAUAAAAUAUUAUGAAAAGGUAAUAAUAACUUGAUAGACAUUCAUAAUUGCCAGAGACAUCUUUAAAUCGUGGCAAAUUGCCCUAACUACUUCUAAUUAUUAAAUUAGGUGGAAAUUAAAAUUCUGGCAUUACAUAGAGCCAUUACAUAGAGACAUCAACAUCUGUAGAUAGAAAAUGUAGCAUGUUCUUGUCCUAUCAAAAUAUAAUUCCCUGAAUCUACAGACUAAUAUUGUCUAAUAGAACCAUCUGUGAUUAUGAAAAUUUUCUAUAAUCUAUUUCAUUCACUACAGUGAUCACUAGCUACAUGUGACACUUGGAAUGUAGCUAGUACAAUGGAUAAACUGAAUGUUAAAUUUUACUUAAUUAGUUAAUUUAAAUAUAAAUAGCCUCAUAGGGUUAGUGCCUUUGCAAUAUGUAUAUCCAAUAAUAUCAACUGUAAUGCCUGGUUUGACAAGUGUUUAAAAAAUACUUCAGUCUUUGUCAUUCUUUCUCUGAUAUUCAGAAUCACAUUUUAAAACUGUUUAGUGCAUGAUUGAUAAUUAGUUUAUGAAUAUAUAUUAUACCAGUUUAGAAAGCCUUCAAUUAUCACAUAUCAUAGAACACCACAUUUAUGGAAGAUUAAACCCUGUGGAUAUUUACUGUGUUCUUUCAAGGUUUUAUCAACAGUCCAAAAAUGUCUUUCUUUCCUUUGGUUUCACCAUUCUCAGCCUCUUGGAUUUUCAUUUACCUAAGUGAAAAAGCAGGCAAGGUACUUUUUACUUACCAUCACAAGAUAACUGCUGUAGCUCCAGGCAUUAUCUCUUUAUAUAAUUGUCUCAAGGUAUAAGGAUGUAUCAAUAGCCAAGUGUGUCAUCCCUAGCUAGAGAGGCCAGAAAAGGGAAUGUCUGGGAAAGGAGAAGAGGGAUUCCAUGAUUGGCUCAGACAAAUUCAUCACUUGAGGCAGAUUAGCUAUCCAAACAAAAUUGGAAUCUUGUUGGGAAAGAAAGACAUGGCUUUUGAAUAGGCUUAGGGAGCAUCUUCCCCACUCCUACAUUUUUACUCUUGACUGUAGUUUCCUUUAAGGAAGAAAUAACAUCUUUAUCCCCCAGAGUGCCCAUUAGUCUUAAAAACAUAGCAGCCACUCAGUAAUUAUAUGUUUCAUGGUUGAAUCUUCAACUGCUGUUUGGGACAUUUCCCAUGCCCUCAAAUUAUGUCUUUAUUUUAGGUCCAUUUUAGAGUCACAAACAGCUAACUAUUUUAUAAAUAAGAAAAGUUGAGGCCAGGAGUGGUAGCUCACACUUGUCAUCCCAACACUUUGGGAGGCCAAGGUGGGUGGAUCAUUUUGAGCUCAGGAGUUUGAGACCAGCCUGGGUAACAUGGCAAGACCACGUCUCUACAAAAAAAUACAAAAAAUAAUCCAGGCAUGGUGGCUUGUGCCUGUGGUUCCAGCUACUCAGGGGGACUGAGGUGGGGGAUUGCUUGAGUUUGGGAAGCAGAGGUUGCAGUGAGCCAAGAUCACACCCCUGGACUCCAGCCUGGGUGAGAGAGUGAGACUCUUGUCUAAAAAAAAAAAGGAAGAAAAAAAAGAAAAAAAGUUGAGCAGCACACUGAGCUAACAGACACAUAAAUUUAACACACUUUGUAUGGAUUCCUAUAGAACUAACAAGCCAAAAUACAAUCAGUUGAGACUGAGAUUGUUAUUAUGUGCCAGAUGUAAACAUUAUGUACUCAGCUGAACUGAGAGUCCUUCAAUUACCUUUUUCAGGAAGCCUUGCUGAGGGGGUAAAUCCUAAAGCUACCACCCAGAGCAGCUUCCUGACAGCUCAUGCUUCUUUAAAAUCGGAGUCAACCCCAAAUAAUAGUUCUUCUAUUCAUACAUUGUAGUACUUAUCUGAACACAAAGUAAUUAAUACCUCCAUCAAAUAAAAUCUCUGAUUGCAUCUUAUGGUCUGAGCUACUCUUAAGUCACUCAUCCAUCUGGUUGCAUUGAUUUUGCCAUUUGCCAGCUUAUGGGUUUGUGUAUGUAGUGAGGGGUGUGUGGGGCAGCAGAGGAUUGUUGGGUGUUUGGAGUAACACGUUGCCACAUGUGCAUGGUCAGGUUUGUAACGUGCACCCUAUCACUCCACCACUGUGCUCAAAUAAGAAAGAGACAAUUGAUUGCUCCUGGUCACAACACUCUUAGGUUUAAACUCUGAUAUAUCCCUGAUUUUGUGUCUCCAGAGAGCAUCAAGCAUGGAAGACAUACAUGUUUUACAAUUAACUGAGUGAAAAUCUACAGCCUAGCAAUUCCUCAGCACUGAAAGAAAAAUUCUACACUUCAUAGAAAUAAUGACAACUCUAAAUGAAAGCUACAUAGAGUUUUUGAGCCAGUGGGGAGAAACAUAUAGAAAAAUGUAUGCAAAAUAGUCUCAGUCUAUGUAUUCCCAAAUUAUGUGUAUGCAGAGUAGUUUGUACACACUCCCCAAACAUUGGAAUGGAAAGUGAAAAAUUCCAAAAAUAUCCAUAUUAUUUGGUUACGUGAUAUUGCACCCAGAUGUUUUGCAACCAACUUUUACUUUUCCUUCAACUGCUUUGAAAGUACACACAUGUGAUAAAUCUGCAUAGAUAAAAGAAUGACUGGUCCGAUUUAUACAGUAAUUAAUGCCAAAGAUAGAAAAUAUUUAACCCAGAGUUUUUGGAUUGUCUGAAGUUGCUAUAUAAUUAUAAGACUGUCCUAAGAAGUCACUGAGGAAAUACAGAUUGCAUACCAGACCUACUGUAACUCAUGAAAAGCCAUCUCACAUGUAUGCUGAAAUAAAAUAAAUGAAAUGGAGUAGGAUAUAGAUACUUCACACAAGCCAAGCAUAGCACUUGCAGUGAAUAUCACUCAACAAACAAUGAGAGUUGUACAACCGUAAGUUUUACUUUUUAUCAACAUUUCAAUAUACCUUUUAGUUUAGUUUUGUUUUCCACGAAUUAAAAAUGAAAACCCAAAUUGAAAUGAGCAUUUAAUAUGCUCUCCUCAUGGGGGCUACAAUUACCUUAAAUUAACAAUUUUGGCUUCCAAGCUGGGUGGGGAGUGUGGGAUAAGGCAGGUGCAGAGAGGAGGAUGAUCAAAAGGGGCCUAACCUUCCACAGUGUUCACUUUACUAUUUGCUACUAUUGGCUGUAAUUCAUUUUUUUAGAUCCAUUUAACCCAUGCUGAUGUUUACCACUGAGGGCAUUAGGGCAAUCAGCAGAGUGGUUGGAGUGGAGGUUCUGAAUGGGUUGAAAUUCUGCUCCACUAGGCUUGGCAAAUUGGCUGCACUUGGCAGCUUGGCUAAGUUGCUUAACUUUUCUAAGUCUCAGUUUCCUUUUGUGUAAAUUAGCAUAAAUUAGCAGUAAUUAUUUCAUAAGCUUGUGGGCAGACUGAAUAGAAUAAUUAUAUAUAGGCCGGGCAUGGUGGCUCAUGCCUUUAAUCCCAGCACUUUGGGGGACCAACACAGGAGUGUAUCAACUCCUUGAUUUCAGGAGUUCUGGACAAGCCUGGGCACAUAGGGAGACCCCCAUCUCUAUAAAAAACAUUAAAAGUUAGCCAGGUGUGGUGGCACAUGUCUCCUGGCUACUCAGGAGGCUGAGAUGGGAGGAUCACUUGAACUGAGCGGGGGGGGGGUUGAGGCUACAGGUAAGCAGUGAUUGCACUACUGCACUUCAGUCUAGGUAAUGAAGGGAGACUCUGUCUGAAAAAAUAAAAAUAAAAUUACACAUGGUAGAGUCCCUCUUAUCCAUGGAGAAUAUGUUCCAAGACCCCCAUGGAUGCCUGAAACCAUUGACAGUAUGGAAGCCUAUAUACACUCUGCAGUUUCCUAUACAUAUAUACCUGUGAUAAAGUUUAAUUUAUAAAUUAGGCACAGUAAGGGGUUACUAAGAAUAACUAAUAAUGAAACAGAACAAUUAUUUAACAAUACAGUGUAAUGAAAGUUAUGUAGAUGUGGUCUCUCACUCUCAAAAUAUCUUUUUUUUUUUAGGUAAAGCUUCACUCUUGUUGCCCAGGCUGGAGUGCAAUGGUACAAUCUCUGCUCACUGCCACCUCUGCCUCCUGGGUUCAAGAGGCUCUCCUGCCUCAGCCUGCUGAGUAGCUGGGACUACAGGUGCCUGCCACCAUGCCUGGCUAAUUUUUUUUAUUAGUAGUAGUAGAGACAGGGUUUCACCAUGUUGGCUCUGGUGAUCCACCCACCUCAGCCUCCCAAAGUGCUGCAAUUACACACAUGGGUCAAUGCACCCAGCCUCAAAAUAUCUUACUGUACUGUUCUCACCCUUUUUCUUGUGGUAGAGAAAGGAUAAAGCAGAGUGGUGUGAGAUUUCAUUUGCUACUCAGAAUUGCAUGCAAUUUAAAACGUAUGAACUGUUUAUUUCUGGAAUUUCCCAUUUAAUAUCAUCAGACUGCAGUUGACCCUGAAAACCAUUGAAACCACAGAAAACAAAACUGUGGAUAAUGGGGAAAGUGCUUAGCUCAUGGUAAACUCUACAAAUGUCAACUAAUGCUAAUAUUAUUUUAGUUAUAGUGGUGAUAGGACAGAGGGGUACAAGAAAGGAGCAUUUUAAAGCCUAUUCCAGACAUCCAUCAUCCAUUUAUUUCUUCAUUCAAAAGAAGUAUACAGAUUUGUCAUAUUGCCUGUCCACUAUAUUCAGGUAACUGCUUUGGGCAGAACACAAGAUCUUGGUAAGAUUCUCAAAUAGGUGAAGUUUGCCUCUAAAAGCUUCUCACUCUUUCAGCUGCCCUCCUCUAGAGCAGCAGUCCCCAUGGUUUGGGGAUGAUUCAAGCACAUUACAUUUAUCAUUAGAGUCUCAUACAGAACAUGGAAGCUAGAUUCCUCACAGACAGCAAUUCACAAUAGGGUUUGCCCUCCUCUGAGAAUCUGAUUCCUGCUGAUCUGACAGGAGGCAGAGCUAAGGCAGUAAUGCUCGCUAGCCUGCAACUCACAAGGACCAGUAGCUUUCCGCUGCCCGGGGGUUGGAGACCCCUGGUCUACAGUAUUGUUUUCCCCACUGCCCUGGUGGUUCAGAAUCACUGACUGUAGUUUACCUUAUCAGACAAACUUUCACCUCAGUCAUCCACACCAAAAGUCUCCUGGGCAAGCUUCCGUUUCCUCAGGUGUUUUUUUGGUGACUGGCUUGAUUAAUGCUAAGGUGUUAAAUUUUCUGGUCAGUAUGCACAUGUUAUUAACCCUUCCAGGUAAUAAGCUGGCAUUUCAAGAGACGCACCAUAGUGACACCAUGCCUUACACAAUGGAGUCCUUCUCAUGCUGGAAUUGCAGAGCUCAAAAUGGGCCUAUGGGACAAAGACUCUGGGGAAGAUAAGGUGCUCUGCACUUCACAAAUCAAUUCACACAGCAGUUCUGUCUACAUACAGGAUAGCUUGGCAGGAGUAAUGAUGUCCUGUUGAGCACUGAAGGAGCAAAGAGUUUAGUUAGAGAGAUAAGAAAUGUAUCCAUUAGACAAUGAUGGACUAAAACCUAAUGCAUGAUAAUAUUGUUCUGAGAGAUAUAAAAAUGCCAGAAAAUAUUUAGUAAUAAUAACUGAUGUGUGGUGAAUGCUCACUCUGUAAAAGAAUAUUUUAUUGUGAUAAAAUCACAUGAACAUAAAAUUUACCAUGUUGUUUAGUAUAUUCACAGUGUUGUAUAACCAUCACCACUAUCUAGUUAGAGGAUAUUUUCAUCCAUCCAAAAGAAAACCCCAUGUCCAUUGUACUUCACUGUUUCCUCCGUCCCCUGGCAACUACUAAUCUGCUUUCUGUCUCAAUGGAUUUGGUUAUUCUGAAUAUUUCAUAUAAAGUGAAUCAUACAAUAUGU